CAUUAAAGAAGAUAUAAGAGUGAAAGCUUCGAGUCUACAUUGUACGCAACCAACCCCAGAAAAUCCUUGUAUAAAGAGACCAAUAUCUUCCCUUCUAUUCCCUCUAUCCAAAGUUGGCAUCUUAGACUUCAAGCUUCAAAGCUCUGUUUCACCAUUUUUCGUGGAUUUUGGCAAGGCAUAGUGGUGGCCUUCGUGGUGGAGGCAGUGGCGGUGGCGGUGGUGGACAAGCAAAGCUAAAAAUGCAACCAGGUGGCCCUGGGCCUGGAGGACCUGGACCUGGUCCUGGCCCUGGUUGGGGUCCUGGGCCUGGAGGACCUGGCCCUGGUUGGGGUCCUGGACCUGGAGGACCUGGCCCUGGGCCUGGUUGGGGCCCUCCAGGUCCAGGUGGCUUUUUUGGUGGUAUAGGAGAUGGUUUGUGCAGCUUCAUAUCUUCAUGCUUCUACUUCGUAUGCUGUUGCUGGAUGCUACAAGACUGCUUUGGUGGGCCUCCAGGACCUCCUGGUCCACCUGGACCACCCUAGUGAUUUGGUGAUUUUUGCCAUUGGGAGGAGGCGUGAUGGCAUUCAUGCAAUCGUGGGUCUGUAUUUGCGUGUCCGUUCAAGAAUAAGAAUAGUUCUGCCUUGUUGACGUAUUAACCACUGUAUUCUCUACUAAAAAUUAAAAAAAAAAGACAAAAGAAUAGCCAGGUGGAAAAUUGUAGUAGAAACUAGAAAGGCUCUUCAUGCCUAAAUAUGGAGUCCGGAUCUGCUGUAGUCUUAAAGCAUUGAACUGUGCUGUAUACCCAAUAACUAAAUGCCACUUACACAUGUGGCUUUCUUCCUAUGUGCGAUAAUUAAUAGAAUACAGAAUAUAUUUCUUUCA